CAGACUGACUCGUUUUGACCACUCCUUCCACGUGUUGGUACUCAGCUGGUAAGAAAAGGUGUGGGGAAUAAAUAAUAUAUAUUGUCCAUGUCAGGGAUAACUUUCCAUGGGCCAGUCCAGUGGCUUGCCAUUCCCUGUGCUGUUUCUUGGUCCAAGAAAAGCAAGAUGGCAAGUAAAAUGACUGAGGGCUAUAUGCAGUGCAUUAGCAGUAAAUCAGCUCUGAGGAAGGGGUUUAGGCACCUGUCAGUCCGGCUGCAGCGAGGCUGGUGGUCUUUACUGAGGCAAACUGCGUGGGGACCUCAGCUGCCUGUGCCUUCAGCUCCCGUUUUUGCCCCGGUGAGGAGGCAAGGCAGAUCCAUGCACGCAGGCAUCCAAGACACAAACAGCGCACGCUGGAAGCCGUUUCUUAAUAAAGUAGCAGCCUUGUGCUAGGAUUUAAGAAAACAACUGGCAGAUGUGAACGAUUUAUUUUUCCUCCCUCUUCUGCUGCGGUUUAUUUUUUCCUCUUGUUCGAGAGCGCUCAGCUGCUAACACAAACAAUUGCUGAAAUUCCACCUGCCCACCUGCAGCCCCUCCUUCCCGCCGCCUGCUCGGGCCGUCGCCUUCCUCCGGGAGGGCUGCGCCGAGGGGAAACUACAUCCCGCUUUCUUAGAGAGAGGAGGAGGAAGGAGAGGGAGGGGCCGGGCCGUGUCUGGGCGCAUUGUUCCGCGCUCCCCUGCCAAGAAGUAGGUGACUAUGAACUCAUCCUUCGCUCCUCGCAGAAAGUUUGCCGCCUUCCCCCCCUGCUCCCCUCCCCUCCCGCCCGCUGGCGCGGCAGGAGGCAGCUCGCAGCCCGGCGCUGGCCCCGGAGUCCCCGCUCCUGCUUAAUAUUCCGCCCGCUCCGCCGAUGUUGUGCUUGGCUCCGGUGGGACCGCAACUCACGGCGUGAAACCGGAGCCAAUUUUCUGUCUUAGUCUCGCAGUGUUUUGACUGGAGGCAGAUCCAGUUCAGUCCGAUCGGGGCUAGUGGAAACAACUACCUAAGUCUCCGCUGUCUGUAUCGUUUGGGAGGGAAGAAAGAAGAAAGGAACGCGAUCCCGGACUGCUGGGCGCGCUCUUUCUCUCUCUCUCUCGCACACACACACACACACACACACACGCACCGCAGACACACGCACCCAGACAGGCAGACUCGCACCCCGCCGGUGCCGAGCGCGCCGUGCCACCGCCGCCGGGAGGAAAUGGGAAGCCAGUGAGCGGAUCCGUGCCGGUGCCGGCGCCCGCGAUGACCCUGGUGCUGCCCAUGCAGCGGCUGGGCCGCCCCAUCGCCGCCGAGGGAGCCGCCGACCUCGCCGCCUACCGCGCCCUCUGGGAGCCGCCCUGCUGCGGCCGCCCCGGCCCCGCCGCCCCGCCGGCCCCGGCCCCAACCCCGCCGGCCCCCGGGCCCCCCGCCGCAGGAUCACAUUACAGGGGAAUUUCAAAUCCUGUAACGACAUCCAAGAUCACAUACUUUAAAAGGAAAUAUGUGGAAGAAGAGGAUUUUCAUCCGCCACUCAGCAGCUGUACACAUAAAACAAUCUCAGUGUUUGAGGAGCGGGCCCAUAUUCUCUACAUGUCUUUGGAAAAGCUGAAAUUCAUUGAUGAUCCCGAAGUCUAUCUGCGCAGAUCCGUCCUCAUCAACAAUCUCAUGAAGAGAAUCCAUGGAGAGAUCAUCAUGCAGAACAACUGGUGCUUCUCCACCUGCUUCAGUGGCACCUCCCCACAAGAGUGGUUUGUGCCUCAGGACUGUCCGUACAGAAAACGCCUUCGGAUGGCAAAGGAGGAAUACGAGAAGCUCCACAUGUGCUGCUUCUAUCAAGAAUGUGGCAGUCACUAUUUAAAUCUACCCUACCCUGUUAAUGCUAAUACAGAAAGUAAUUCCUCUUCUUCUUCCUCCUCCUCCUCCUCCUCCUCCACCUCCCCUCCCAUCUCUUUGCCAAGCUGUUCCCACCAGGUGGAUUAUGAAGUUGGCAGUGCACCUUCUUACAGAAAUGAUGACCAGAUACCUGCUAAUGAAAUAUUCAUCACUAAUGGCAGGUCUCACAGUAAUCAGGAAAAGGCAAAAUAUGACAAGAAUGGAGGUAAUGAACCUGAAAGAGAAAGCAUCGCCCUAAACUGUGAACCUGUAAGAGGCACCCAUGCUCUUGAAUGUAAAGGCAAAUUUAAUGACUAUUUUGAGACUGGAUGUAAUGACAAGAGCAACGUAAGUGAAUCUUGGAAAAAAUCCUUAAGGAAAAAGGAAUCUUUACCAAGUAAUAAAAUCUGCUGCAACAAAGGAAGUAAAAUAUGAGGCAUCUUUCUUGCUCUAUUGAAGCAUGCACAGCAUGUUCCUUCUCUAUCAAAUUUUUAUUUUGAAUGGAUUUUUUAUAGUUUUCUACGAACGGUACAAUCAUGCCACAAACGUGACGUGUAGAGUGGAGAGCAGAUUGCGUAAAGUGUCUCUGCCAUCCGCAUCAGCAGCUAUUUAUAAACGUGGAGACUUCAGAAAGAACACAGUUGCAUUACUGCUGAGCACUGUAGUCUGUGCAGCUAUGGUGGAGCUUUCGUUGCUGAAAAUGCCAAUCAGCCAGAUGGGGAAAACAUAUCGUUUUACAUAUCCCCGCCCCCAAGAAGUCUGCCAUUAAUUAAGAAGAACCUCCAUUAUGUUUACCAAGGAAUUAGAAGUCUGGUAAACAAAUUGAUGCUACCAGCAAGGAUGACACGCUCCUUGUAACUCAGUAUUCAUUCUGACAAAGGACUGUCUUCAUGGAUUGGGAAUAAACCAUCCUUAUGCUUUGUAGUGAUACUCUUGAAUUCCUGUAUUCAGCAUCUUGUUCAACUGACAAAAUAGGACAUAGCAUAAAGAAAUAACCUGUUUAUGGAAUCUUAAUCAGAAUCAAACAUGCAGCUCAAGUACUUGCAUGUUUUCACCUCGGCUGUAAUAACUAAUGAGGUUUGUUGUUACACAGAGCAGGUUUUUUUUUGGUGCCUUACUUUUUGUCUUAAUUUUUGCCAGUGUGAAAAUUAAGUAUGAAUCUGAUACAGCAGGGAUUUAACCUAAACAGAGAUUAAAAAAGAAACCCACAGGGUGGAUCAAUAUUAUUAGAAACCUUUAACCUUUGAAGUACUGAGUUCAACUUCCUAUUCAAACAUCUCUGUUCUUCCUUUUUGAUGCUCAAUUGCUUUUUGAUUUGCCAUCCUUAGGAAGGGAUUUAAGAAACAAUAGAGAGAUGUCUCUUGUAAACAAGCAUUCGAUGCUUGAGUGUUUCUAUGGCAACUGUCUGUUGCUGGGGCUCUUUUUUUUUCUUCUUCGUAUAAUGAAGUUCAUGACCCAGUGGCAUGUUUUAUACUUUAUUCUGUUUCACAUAAUUUCUCUAUUUUAGAUUGCAAAAGCAUGCGGGAGUUUUCUAUGACUUUUGCCAUUGAUUUAAAAAAAGACAAGAAGGCAAAAAGCACAAUGUUAAUUAAUAAUGUGGCGAUAAACACAGUUUUAUCUGAAUGAAUGUAAGGGGUUUAAUUUUAAAAAAGAAAAUUUUGGAGAUUUCAGUGGCAGAGGACAACAUUUAGUCAUCCCUAGGUGAAUUGAUUGCAAAAGUGUGCUGUGUAAAAUGCCCAGAAGACAUUAGUUGAAGUUGGACCAAGAGUGAGUCUUAGAUUCACCAAAUUAAUUAGUUCCCACAGUCCCCAUAACAACUGGCAGGAUGUGCUCAGCAAAAUAGCCACAUCCAGGCCACAGCUGACUCAUAAAUAGCUGCCUGUUCCCACAGCAUCUUGCACUCAAGUGACAUCUCUGCUUGCUUCUUGCCCAAAGGGUGUAAAUCACCUCUGUGCUGCAGGAGCAGCCAGCUCAGUGCAGGGCAUGAGUGUCCCCAGGCAGGUCUCUGGGCCCGAGACCUCCUGCUUUGGGUUUCAUGGGUUCAGCUGGAGGAGUCCUGGGCCAUGGUUAUUUUGGGUAGCAAAAUACAUUUGCAAACUGUUUGAUCUUCUUCAGAAAGCCCAGUGGUCACAGGAGAAAGCUACUCCCCAGCCAAGGUGACCACAAACACAGCAGGAUAUAAAUUAGUGAUAACCUUUAUGAAGUCAAGUGAGUUUAAACUGAUAAGUUUGUAAGGGUUAUCGUUGGGAAAAGUGACAAAUAAAGAAAGUACAAGUCCCACCUGAUUUCUCCAAGACAGAAGCUUUUUUAUUAAUAAUAAUAAUAAUAUUAAAUAUAGAUCUCAUUCAUACAGUGUAUGAGUAGGAUCAUCAUUUAGACAUUUGUCCACAAGGACCAAUUUUUUAAAAAAACUGAUUUUUCUUGUGUUAUAUCCAGAUAGUCUAGUAAUGUCUGCUCUUUUCCAAUAUUUGAUAAAUGCUUGAUGUUUUAAGCUUAAAUAUUAGAUGCUUGUAUACUAACGUGUUGUUGUAGUAAAGUGAAAUUUCCUUGAUAUAUAUUUAUUAAAAUGACCGAAAUUCAUUUUAA